CAAGCGUUCUACUACUUUCAACGACAUAUUUCUAUUAACUUGCACUCAAGCUGCGAUAUGUUUCGACGCUCGCUCAAGGCCGUUAGCCUAAUCCUUCUUCUAUCUCUUACAGUUGUAGAUGCAGCCCCAGCACGCGCUCGCGUUCAGCCGCGGAAUACGCUUGGCACAAGCUUGACCGACUUUACGCACGUGAAUUUCCUUCCAUGCUUCUUUGUGUUUUUUUUUUCAGAUUGCUUCUUUAAUAUAUAUACCUCUUGUCUCUUUUCUUUUUGGAAUUCUCAUUGACUAACUGUUUAUAUUCUAGCGGCUGUAAAAGCGAUAACGACAACAAUCAACAAGACUUCAUUAAGCAAGCGUACAAAGAAGCACACGCGAUUGUAGACGUCGAUGGUGUCAAGGCGAAUAUCCACUGGGAUUCAGAAGCGGCUGUUGACUUUUUUGGCCCUCCACAAUUCAAUAAAGACCAGCAAGGCCAAAUUCAAGCUGUUCUAGCCAAUGUCGAAACAGUACAACCAGGCUACUGGUGGAAUCCUUUUGGUCACUCGCUCCAAGUCCGUUGUGAUGAUCCCAAGAAGAAUUGCGCCAGGGGCGUCACUGCCUAUACCCUCAACCCAAAAGGCAAUGAGAAGCCUUAUGUCAGUUUUUGCCCUGGCUUCUUUAACCAAUAUACACUGGAUAAGGCUGUCAACAACUAUAAGGACGAUAAGAAUCCAGAAAUCAAGUGGGAUGUGGAUAACUACAUGAAUCGAGGCUUGAUCUUUCUACAUGAGCUCUUUCAUGUCGAUAUUGCUGCCGAUUCGGAGAAGGGCGAGCCUAACCCUAAGAUCUUCGAUAUAAGCAUUCGAUAUAAUGACACACAGGGAAAUAUACAAGGGCCACGCAGGGCGUACACUGCCCGUUUCUCAAAGCUUCUUGCGCGGUUCCUACCCAGCAGCAAAGCGAAGAACCAGAAAUCUACCGGCUAUUGGGUCCAGCGCAACGUGGAUAAUUUCUCGCGCUAUGCCAUGGCCAAGUAUGUGGAAGGCAAAAUCGGCGGAUACCCAUUUCUGCCCCUGAUCUACGACAAACUCCUUUACCCUCUAGAUCCAGGUUCGAGACCCGGCAAAUCUAGCUUGGUUGCGUUCCAAGCCGAUAACAACUCUGACGCGAAAGUGGCCGUGGACACGUCGGACAUUGACGACGACCUGGACGGACAAGCCAGCGUCGAUGCUACACAUAUGACAGACGAUGUCUUUGAGAUUGGUAAGCCAAUUAGUGCCGAUGAGUACCCUGAAUCAUAUGCCGGGUGGUUGGAUAUCCUCAAAGGCAAGAGGGACGGAAUCUGCAAAGUUGAAGUGGAGGAAAUCUGGACGUGCGAAGACGUUGCGUCGAAUCUAUAUGCUUCGGUCAAGAUUAUCGAUGCUAGUGGUAAGCCUGUGUAUACGAGUCCGGGGUCCGCGCAUUCGCCUGGUCAGCCUAUCAACGACAGUCAUCCGCUUAAGCUCAAAGAGAGCGGCAUGGACAACACCUUGACCAUGAUUGGUGAGCAUACCAAUGAUUACAUCCAGUUCAGUUAUGGGUCUACCUCUUGGACAUCAACCGAUACCAACGGUGACGCCAGUUGCAAGCUAGUCGGCAAUAAUUGGGAUAAGGAUGGCCCUAAGGGCUGCCCUAAUGCUAUGGCUGUUACUCGCACUUUUGAAUGCCAGUAUCCAUGUGCAAAAUGAGGGGGCCUAACCCCGCUAAGCGUUUAAUUGACGAGGAGCACUAUUCUUAUGCAUAGAAACCUAUGUUCUAUGCGGCUUGGCGCUUACCAGGUAGUGGCGGAGAAAGACCCGAGGCCAUUCUCGGGGAGGAGGGAGGCUUUAUAUGCGUGGGACUCAACGAAAUUCACCUCCGAUCACUAAGUUGAUUAAGUCAGUGCAAGAGCCCGGUGAUUACUAGACCGAUUCACUCAAUAUGGAUCCUCUAUUGAG